CACCCUGUUUCCACCUCCAAACAUUAAAGUAAUGAUGUAGAAUAAUGCUGAGUCUGAAAGUGGCACUAAUUAUACAGUUUCUAAACCAAACUCUGGCCUCUGAUGUGUCCAAAUUGUACGUUUUAUUCAACAAAUGAUGAACUUCCCACAUGGAUGUUUGGCAUGCCCAUAAGCAAUCUGAGCCCCAUCUAUUUCUGUCACAGUUUCUGGGUGAGGUUUGGACUGCUUUAUAGGGUUGGCUCGUCGGGAGACCACUGUUGGCCUGAAAUGGUUGCCUAGAACAGACUGAAUUUUACUGAAUUAUCCAGUCUUUCUUCUCAUGGACCUGUAUGAUAUCAGAGGAGGCACACUGGAUGUGAUUAGAGAGGAAUCUGAGCACCAGGAGUUAAGCAGAGAGUCCACCACCAUGGAGCCCUACAGUGUGGUGGCAGACAGAGGAGGGAGGGCGACCCGGGACGUUUCCACCUUCCAGAGGUUCUCCAUUGACACCAACGAGUCCCUUCGCUUUGAUCCCUGCGAGGACAGCUCUCCAUCUCCCACUGGGGCAGAAGAUGGAAAUGAUGAUGUGUUUCAGCAGGAAGAAACCGAGAGUGAGAUCGUCACAAUCAGGAAUCGGUUGCAAGGGAAGGUUGCAGAGAUGGAGAGCUUUGCAGGUCAUCUGGAGGAAAUCUUUCUCACUGUGGAGGAGAAUUUUGGCCGUCAGGAGCAUCACUUGGAGCAGCACUACAACGACGUGCUGCAGACGCUGUCUCAGCGAUAUGACGAGAGGUCGGCUGGACUCGAGGAGGAGAAGAAGGGCAAGCUGGAGGCCCUGUACAGUCAGCUGCUGGCUUGCGGUCGGGCGAUGGAUGCCUCUAAGGAGCUCAUUGAGACGGCCCAGGGGAUCUACCGCAGCCAAGACAAGAGGCUGUUCCUGAAGACAGUUACGCCCACCAUUAAAAGGAUUGAGGAGUUCGCCAAAGAGGAUAUUGACCUCACGUUGGCUACAAGUCUUGAGUUUAACACGCCGCUUGCUGACCUGUCAGAUGUCAAAACCAUGAUGGACUCCAUCAACGUUGUUCCAGCUCCAUCUGCUCCAGUAAUCAACCCCCAGAUGCCCAACUCUGCCACGCAGACGUCCCUGCGCGUGUGCUGGAGCUUGUUCUCCGACGACACGGUGGAGUACUACGAGCUUUACUACAGACCAGUGCUGGAGGACACACCAGCAGACACCUGCGCACCACAUGUCAGCAACAUUAAAGUGAAGGAGACCCACUGCACCGUGACAGAUCUGAUGCCCAAUGCUCAGUAUGAGCUGUGGGUGACUGCUACCAACACCACAGGCAUCAGCCCGGCGAGCGAGAAGGCCCUAUACAUGACAGUGCCGUCGCCUCCAGUGAUCAAGCAGCGGGAGUGUACUAGCUGUCCAGAGGCUGCUCUGAUCCGCUGGGAGUCAGGAAACACCAACCCUGUAGACUCUUACACCGUGGAGCUCAGUGAGAUGGGCACUGAUGGCACACAGAGCGGCGUUACCGAGUCUAUAGUAGCCGUGCCCACCUGUCAGUGUCUGAUCCAGCUGCAGACAGGACGGCGUUACCUCAUCUCUGUGAGAGCAGUCAACAUUGGCGGGCCCAGCGACAGCAGUGAAGUUAUUACUGUCUCCACAACAGGUACACUCUUCUAUCUCCUGGAGGACAGUGCCCAUCCUUGUCUGUCCAUCUCUGAAGAUGGCUUCACCAUAUUUUACGGAGAUGAAGAGCUGCCAAUUAGUGCUAUGGCCUUAGAUGACACCUUCACCAGAUGUGUAGCUGUACUGGGAGAUCUGAUUCCAGUGCGUGGCCGGCAUUACUGGGAAGUCGAGGUGGAUGAUGGGACAGAAUAUAGGAUCGGAGUUGCAUACGAGGACACGGAGAGGAACUCAUACCUCGGCGCAAACAAUACCUCCUGGUGUAUGAGACACAUUCUCACUCCAUCCAGGCAUAAAUAUGAGUUUCUGCACAACAGCUGGAGUCCUGACCUGAGAAUUACAGUGAACCCGGUGCGGAUAGGAGUGGCACUGGACUACGACAGGGGGACUCUGUCCUUCUUUAACGUGGAUCUGGAGCAACACCUACAUACCUUCAACGGUCACUUCCGAAAUUAUGUCCAGCCUUGUUUUGGUAUGGACAAUCCAGGUGCUCUUACUGUACAUAACGGCAUAGAGGCUCCUGAGUAUGCAUUCAUCUGACACCAGCUUGACAUAACUUUGAUUUUAAUACUUACCAAAGUUCUGGGUGAUCAAACAUAUCAAAAACGUGUGGCAUCUGAUGACGAUAAGUGUUUUUCAGUCGUUUUUAUUAUAGUAUUCCAUGGGAACAGGCAUACACCAUUUUCCAAGAUAAGAAAAAGUUUCACUGAAUUUUACAAUAUGUAUUUAUACCAUCAGCAACUGCAGCAGACCAAGUGUUUAAAUUAAGAGGAAAUAUGGGGCUUGUUUUUAACAAAAGAUGCUUUGAAAAAUGAAAUAAAAAUGUUUUAAGAAAAUCCACUUGGAGUUAUUAUACAAUUGUAUUCACAUCCUAAAAAAGGAAAAAAAAUCCACCCUGAAUAUUUCCACACUGUUAAGAGGCCGUUUUGUUUUAUAGUGGAGUUCAUAUAGAAAUUGUUUCUGCCAUCUAAGGCAUUUGCAAGUGCAUGGUUCAGAGUCGGGCCAUUAGAAUAAGAAAGAAAAUAAAAGGUUUCUAUCAAGACGGCAAUAAACAAGGGAGAAAACACUGU